GGGCGGCCGCUUUUGACGCUGGAGAUUGACCUUCUCUCCGCUCCCGGCCCGCAGCUGGUGCUGUCAGUCCGCGUCCCCCGGAGGAGGCAGCGGGGGCUGUCGCGUUUCCUGAGGAGAUCGCGUGUUGCUCCCCCGGGAGCUCAAUCCGGGCUGCCGCAGCUGCGUGUGCGUCUCGCCCUUCUCACCUCCCUUCACGCUCGGAUUUCAGAUGCAUGCCAGGUUCCUGCUGAAUGCCAGAAGUAGAGAUCACUACAGAUGGAGCCCCAAAGCCAGCACGGCAGUGGUGGUUCGCUGGUGGUGAUUCAGCAGCCCUCUCUGGACAGCCGGCAGCGGCUGGAGUACGAGCGGGAGAGCCAGCCUACAGCUAUCUUGUCGCUGGACCAGAUCAAGGCGAUCCGCGGCAGCAAUGAUUACACUGAGGGUCCAUCUGUGGUGAAAAAAUCUGGUCCGCGGACAGCACCGAGGCAAGAGAAGCACGAAAGGACUCAUGAGAUCAUACCGAUUAAUGUGAAUAACAAUUAUGAACACAGACCCAGCCACGUGGGGCACGUGGCACAUCAGCAUAAUGCGAGGGUCCCUGUUUUGAGCAGAUCAACCAGCACGGGGAGCGCGGCCAGCUCUGGGAGCAACAGCAGUGCUUCUUCGGAGCAAGGACUGUUGGGACGGUCACCUGCAUCGUGGCCGGGCCACAGGUCCGAGCGGACAAUCCAGACGCAACCCAAGCAGUCGUCGCUGAUUGUAGAUGAUCUGAAGGGUCCUUUGAAAGAGGACUUGACGCAGCACAAGUUUAUCUGCGAACAGUGUGGGAAGUGCAAGUGUGGUGAGUGCACAGCCCCCAGGGCCUUGCCUUCUUGCUUGGCCUGCAACCGGCAGUGCUUGUGCUCGGCGGAGAGCAUGGUGGAGUAUGGCACCUGCAUGUGUUUGGUCAAAGGGAUCUUCUACCACUGUUCUAACGACGAUGAAGGGGACUCAUACGCGGAUAAUCCCUGCUCUUGCUCCCAGUCACAUUGCUGUUCUAGGUACCUGUGCAUGGGAGCCAUGUCCUUGUUUUUGCCUUGCUUGCUCUGUUACCCUCCUGCAAAAGGAUGCCUAAAACUGUGUCGAGGGUGUUACGACCGCGUCAAUCGUCCGGGCUGCCGAUGCAAGAACUCCAACACUGUCUAUUGUAAACUGGAGAGUUGCCCCUCCCGGGGUCAGGGCAAGCCGUCAUGAUUUUUGGAGGGAGGUUUACUUCCUCCAACUUUUGAUUUUUCAGGUUGUAGCUGAUAUAUAAAUAUUUUUUCUUCCCUUCCCCCCUUUAGGGGUGCGUAAGGGGGGCUGCUUUCUUUCACCCCCCCCUCCUUCAAAAACACAAGUUAUUCCCUUUGAAUCUUUGUUCUCCUCCUGUAAUUGAGUCAACUGAGUGUGGAGUGUUUUACGUAUAGUCAUUUGCUGCUCUUUGGUAAGUGUGGACUUUUGGUAUCUGUGUCUGCCACCCACUUUGGCAGGGUCUUCUGAGUCUGUAACUGAACCACUCCUGAAAGAGACAGUGAGGGCUAAUUUGGCUCUUGCAGCUUCUUGCUCUGAAUAUCUUCCCAAAGAUGUUUUUCAUUCUCAGCAAUUUAUAUAUUUUUUUUCCUCUGACCCCCUUGGGUACCUCCACGGAAUAACUCUCAUGAGUGAGCUGGAUUGUGAAAUAACUUCUUGUCUGUGUUCUUUCCGGAGAGAGAUGUAAGGCUUUACCAAACAAAAGGCCUGAUUCUUCAGUAAGCAGCCUGCUUUCUGGUUUGUUUGUUUUCCUCCUUUUUUGACUUUUGCAAUGUUCUCAGUCCUGAGAGUUAGCCAAUUGUUCCUAUUGCUUUGUUUUUAAUUCUUUCCUAACACAACUUUGGUUUUUGCUACACUGUGUAGAUCUUCACAUUGGAGACAUUAUGGCUGCAACUGUACUUGUUUUUCUCUUGCUGUCAAAUGUUUGAAGGAUAUUGCUCACUCCACCCUUCUCCUGUUGUUUUAGUCCAUCAGUAUCAUGCUGAUAUUAAAGUUGGUGGUGUUCAUGUAUCCAGACAGCCUUCAGGUGUCAUUGAGUCACCUAAAUGUUCUCAAAUCUUUAAUGUUUCUCGUGAUCCUUUGGUUUAGUGGAUUUAGCUCUGCUCUGUACUUUAUAAUUUUAUUCUGUUCCCUGUUUUAUUGCCUUAGCCACAAAUUGUGGUCCUUUUUUGUAUAUUUUAUGUAUAAAACACAAAGUUGAAUCCCAACUAUUUUUAAGACAAAAGUCUGUUAAAACUUUUUUUAUUGUAAAGAAUAUUUAUUAUGUGAAUCUCUAUUAUUUUAUGAUAUUUAUUGCAAAAAAACUUUGAAAAUGUACUCAUGUCUGAUAUAACAAAAUAUCAAUACUUAACGAAAUAAGGAUGACACGAAGAAAGUACAUAUGUUAACUAUAAUGCAGAAAAUAUAUUAAUUAAUGAAAAUGGCUCUUGAGUUCUUUUGUUACAACAAGAAGUUGUGAGCUACUCGUGCAUAUUCUGGGUUCUUGAUUUCUAUUUUUAUUUUUCCUUCCUGGUGGGAUAUCAGGUAGCAAGUAACUUCCUGUUGUUACUUCAAAACCACUAGUCUGUGCUCUAGUUUAGUUUACCUAAUUUUAAGUUUGCUAACUACUUGUCAAGCAAGGUUUUGCAAUUGGAUGUAUGCAUUGUGCUGGACGGUGCCAGGAGGUAUAGGCCCUGUUUACUUAACAGCGUUUGGACAUUCAUUUGUGAAGGAGGAAACCAUAACUUCAAGGGUUUUUCUUUCUUUUUCUCUUUUUUUUUUUUUUUUUUUUUCCUUUUUUAAAGAAUUCCAAAUUAACAUGUAAAAGUACUUUAAAUUUUCCUCCAUGGAACUUCUUGGCUGGUUAAAUUGUAUGUCAGUUGAAGCAAUGAACCUAUUAAGCUCAAAUCUAAAUAAAAACCAAGAGGCAGGAUAUAAAACAA